AGUUCAAAGGGUUUAUGAACUCUUGUUGAUAUGUGCAGAGUCAGUGUGGAUGUUGUAUGUGGGAGACGUUCUUGAAAGCAAGGUUGUUGUCGUGAUCAUAUCAGGGUGUUGUGACUGUUUGGUGGUCACUAGAACUGUCACUUGAAACAGGCUGGCGCGAGUGCUACGUUCGGUUCAACUAACUAAAGCAGUCCCUGUUUCGGUCCAGUGACUCCUGAGUCCAUGUGCUAAUGAGUACUAACUGGUCUGCAUGCUGAUCAAAGAGGCACAUAUUUACAUGCCAAGACUCUUGAACUUUUUUUGUUUGUUGAAGGAUUCUUUGACGGCAGUCGGUACAGAGUUAUAGUAAGUAAGUUGCAGCUGUUCGUGAGAACCAGCAGUUUGUCAAGUCCUUGGCCGUAGUGUUCGUUCCUGUAGUCUGCUGCUGCUUUUACUGGUAGAGGUGUGGACCAUCCACAUUUUAUGGUGUUCUGUGGCAAUUCGUUUUUGACGUGGAGUGAGUGAAGUGAAAGUAACUGUCGUCCACGAACAACGCAGUCAUGAGUCGCGAAGACUUCGUAUCGAGGAAGAAGUUCUCCUUGCUAGCUCUAUUUCUGCAGGCGUUGUUCAUUCUGCUCUUUGGACUAUUUACUGAGUACAAAAUCAAUGAGGCGAGACCAUCAGCAACGAAUGACAGUGAGGCAGCCGGCUUCGUAAAUGGCGUGGACGCUCUCUACCCUAUGUUCAUGGAUGUGCACAGUAUGAUGUUUCUCGGAUUCGGCUUCCUGAUGGCCUUCCUCAGUCGCUAUGGCUACAGCAGCAUAGGUUUGAACUUUUUGCUGGGAGCAUUCAUUCUGCAGUGGGCAACACUGUCACUGGGAUUUUUCCACCAGUAUCCUGACUUCAACAAGAACAUCCAGAUAGAUCUUACCAAUCUGUUGACAGCGGACUUUGCCGCCGCGGCCGUUAUGAUCACGUUUGGCGCUGUCCUGGGCAAGGUCUCCAGCACACAGCUGCUCGUCAUCGGACUAAUGGAGAUCAUCUUCUUCUCCGUCAAUGAAAUGAUCGGCGUGAAGAUUUUCAAGGCCGUCGACAUUGGCGGCUCCAUCUUCGUGCACACGUUUGGCGCGUACUUUGGCCUGGGCUUGUCACGCAUGCUGUCGACGACCACCCGCCAUGCCAGAAAGGUUGGAUCCAGUAAAGAAGGCGCUAUUUACCACUCCGACUUGUUCGCCAUGUUAGGUGCUAUAAUCCUGUGGCUGUACUGGCCCAGCUUCAACGGCUCACCCGCUUCCGGUGACCAGCGUCACCGUGUCGUUAUCAACACAUACUAUUCGCUGAGCGCUUGCGUUGUCGUGACGUUCGCCUUCUCCGCGCUCUUCAGCAAAGAAGGAAAGAUUGAUAUGGUUCACGUUCAGAAUGCUACGUUGGCUGGCGGCGUUGCUGUUGGUUCCACGGCGGACUUCCUGAUCGAGCCGUGGGGUGCCAUGUUCCUGGGCUCCCUGGCCGGCCUGAUCAGCGUGUCCGGCUACGUGUACCUGCAGCCGUUCCUACAGAAACGCUUGCACCUGCAUGACACGUGCGGCGUGCACAACCUCCACGGCAUGCCCGGCGUGCUCGCUGCUCUCGGCUCUGCCGUGGCCGUCAAGGUCAUCGAUACGUCCAAGUAUGGCAACACGCUUGGCAAAGUAUUGCCUGCUGUUGGGGACGGCCGCAGUGCAAGUAGCCAGGCUGGAUAUCAAAUAGCCGCACUGGUCGUCACGCUUGUAAUCGCACUAGCCGGUGGAGCCUUUACUGGCUUGGUUUUGCGUUUCUGGGGCGGCGCACUCGAUGCCGUGAAAGACGAUGAAGAAAACAUGUUCGACGACGCAGUUCACUGGCAUGUUGGAGCCGACACGCUGGAGCAAAGCAAUGUUACGCUACCGGCCCCGGUUAACGCAUCGCUGGCAGCUGCUUCAUCCGCGGCAGCGGACGGCGAUGGCAUCAAGUUACGUCGCACACUGACUGAGAUGAGCGAGACCGACGCGGAACAGGCAAUGCGAGCGGCGGAUCGUGCACGAGAGUCAGCAAUCUAGUGAGCCGAGCUCCUCCUGGUGUGCUUGUGCGCGUGGUAGCAUCGCAUCGAAUCGUUAAAAAAACGAUCGACGGGCUGUUGGUAUUGCUGUACGCGGCAUGAUACGCCCAGCCCCCUAGCUACGGCAUGUUGGUGAUUACCGACAACGUACGUGUGACUUACUCUGUGCUGUCUUUGUCCUGUCUGUCAGUUUUCGGAAAUGUUAACGAACUCUGCUUGCUGCAACCGGCGAGUGAUUCUACAGACUAAAUGUGCGUGCGUCGUUUUUUUGCAGAUAGUGAAAUUGAAAUGCGAAAGUGGUCUUACAAUAGAUUCAGUAGAGGGUGUUCAACUUUAGACCGUUUUAUUUUCCAGUAUCUCAAGCCUGAUUUUUACUCACCUCCCUUCUUCUCUGCUAUUAGGUAUUCUAUUUUCCUAUCAUAAAAUUAAUGGUAUAUUUUAAGAUUUUAGAUGUGUGUGUACGCGCGCGUGUGUGUGUGUGUGUGUGUGUGUUUACACUUGCUGUAUUGAUCAUGUGAUGAUAAUGAUGCUCGUUGUAUUAAAUAGCUGGAAGUUUGGAAUGUGGCCCGAUCGAUGGCCGUAAUCAA